UAUGUUUUAGAUCAUUAAAGUGGAUUAAGGUAUAGAUGCUAAAUUAGAAUUUGAAAUAUCUAACAUAGUAAAGGCUGCUUAUGAGAGAUUCAAUAACUAGUAUGAUCGAUCGAAAUAUAUCUCUGAUUAUUUGGAUGAAAGGUAUGGAGGGUGUUGGAGAGUAACAAUAGGAAAAUCAUUUACUAGUUGUGGAACCUAUUAUUUGUCAUAAUUGUUAAGAUUUAGUUAUUAAAAUGAUUAAAUAGAAAUUGUUAGAACAUAGGGAGAUUCAGAAUUUGAAAUAAUAUAAAGAGAUCAAGGAAUGAAUUAGGCUGUAUUUGAUUCAAUAUUAGGAAUGUAAUUAUAUAUUUUAAAUAGAGAAUUUAAAAUGCUUAAUAAACAUAGAAAAACCUAUCUAGUCAGGUUGAAUAUAUUUCAGAAUGUGUGGAAUCUAAACAUACUGGCAAAUGGGCUGUGAUUUGUGGGUAAUUGUUUAUACAUAAUUUAAAGGU